GAAGAAUCUCUGUAACGGAUCGACCAGGAUUCGUCAUCUUACCAGAAAGCCAAUAUGAAGCGUUGGGUCGAUUUUGUAUGCAUGCUACUGCUGCUUCUCCGCAAUAAUUCAGUGCUGUCGCAGCUAUGUGUGGCGACGGCGCUGGGGUGGCUGCUCCUUAAACUCCUCGCCAAACGAAGGCAGCGGCGGGAAUGUUUUCUUGUGGACUUCACCUGCUACAAACCGCCGGUGGAGCGCCAGGCUAACGCUGAGUUGAGCAUUUACGUUUCAUUAAGUGCAGAGACUAUAAUUCCAGAAAACCUGAAAUUCCAGUGGAAAAUAUUUCUGAGCUCCGGUCUGGGAGAAGAGACUUCGCUGCCGCGGUUCAUUUUCAACGACGAAAUGGUGGCGACAUUGGAGGAAGCGCGGGUGGAGAUGGAGGAGACCUUCUUCGCAACCUCGGACGAGCUGUUUGCCAGGACGGGUGUCACGCCGCAAGACAUCGAUAUAGUCAUCGUAACGGUCGCCACCUUCACGGCGGCACCGUCGCACGCUUCCGUUGUAGCGAGCCACUAUAAGAUGAAGGAAAGCGUGAAGACGUUUAAUCUUUCCGGCAUGGGGUGCAGUGCCGGUGUUUUAGCGGUGAACAUGGCUAGGGAUCUGUUGCUCGUUAAUCCGGACUCGUACGCUCUCAUCCUCACCACCGAGAACACAACUAUCAAUGCAAACUACCCCGGCAACGACAGGACCUUCAUGCUCACACCCUGCCUCUUCCGAGUUGGCGGCGCCGCCAUGCUUCUCUCCAACAAACCGCAAGACGCCGCACGAGCCAAAAUGCGGCUUCUCCAUUCCAUUCGGACCAACGUGGCCGCCGACGACGAGGCCUACGCUUGCAUAUUUGUGACGGAGGACGACGAUGACGUCUACGGUGUCCGUCUCCGCCCUUCUCUCCACGCCGUCGCUGCCAAGGCCGUGGCUAACAACUUAGCCCGGCUCGGCCCCAAAGUUCUACCGUUGAGCGAGCAGCUGUACUACGCCUACAAUUGGCUCUGCGUAAAGUGGUUGAAGAUGAAGGUGGAGGCCUAUGUUCCCAACUUCAAGCUGGCGUUCCAGCAUUUUUGCGUCCACCCGGGAGGUCGCGGCGUCAUCAGCGGAAUCGGGAAAAACCUGAAGCUGAAUGAGUACGAUCUGGAGGCGUCGCGCAUGGCGCUUUUUCGGUUCGGCAACACGUCCACGAGCGGCGUGUGGUACGAAAUGGCGUACUUGGAAGCGAAGAGGCGGCUCAAGGUUGGCGAGCACGUGUUGCAGAUUGCGUUGGGGUCGGGGUUCAAAUGCAACACCGCCGUUUGGGAAGUGCUGAGGGAGAAGCACCCUUUGGAGAGCAGCUGCUGGGACGAAUGCCUUCACAGGUAUCCCUGGGAUACAAGGAAGAAUUACACGGAUGAUUUCUGUGACCAGUGGUUAAGUCGUCUCACCCCUAUACAACCUACUUCCAACGACUUGGACAUCAACACUACCUGAUUGCGCCGAUAUAUUUCUCAUUAAACCGCUCCUACUAUUUCAAUUUCGUAUAAAUCUACUGAAUUGCUAUGUACCGUUCAUCCUGUGUACUCUUUCUUUUACGCUUUGUUUCAUUCCGAGGCCCCUUCAAUGGAAAAUAAAUGGCCGGUUAUAUAAUGUAGUAAAUUCGAUUUGACCAAUUGCUAGGGCCAAUAAGAUAGAGGGGUCUCUCCCUACCCGUAUGUAUUGUAUUCUGAUUAGGUGUAUUUGGUUAUCACUAUUAGAUAUAGUUUUUCAUUCGAUUCUUGUUGUCUAAGUGAUGGUAUAGUUUUUAUCUGCAAAAUAUAAGUCUUAUUUUGUCAUAAUUUACAAUUCAAAUUGUUAGCUUA